AUGUCUCUUCCUACGGCCAACCAACCCUCUGCGUCGGGGCCGGGGGCUGGGGGGACGUGGCUCCAAGAGCUACUCCAGACCCCGCCCCUCCAGCAGUUCGUGAGGUUCGGCCUCCGACCCACAACACUCGACGCAGAGGCCCGAAGCCGAAUCGAGCAGGUACUGGCUGUCAUGAGUGCUAGAGGCAGCGUUCAAGAAGCAAUGUGGUACCUCGAAGAUUGUGGAUGGGACGUGAGGACAGCUGUGACGAAGUACCAUGACGACGAAGCAGCGCGCAUCGAGUCCCACAGCUUUGAAUACCAUGACAUGACACGAAAAGCGAAUGCCGUCACACCGGCCAACUACCAUCAGGGAAAACUGGAGAUUCAAAUCACGGUCAAUGUGGGCAACCAACAACAUGUGUCGACCUUGGUCUUCCCGCGAUCGAAUGGCUUUAACCCCAGCGAUGCCAACCAUUUGCGCGCACUCAACCAGUGGAGGGGGGACAUGGUCCGCUGGUACCAGGACCCACCCGGCGCCGCAGAGAAGACAUUCACAGACUACACGGUCUUCGAGGAGCGAUUCGUCCGCAAUCUUUUUGCCGACCGAGACUACGCGGGUAGGGAAGGCCCCGGGUUUCCCCAGAUCCUAAAGGAGUUCAACGCAAUCUUCCAGGCCCGAUACCUGCCAGGCUCUGUUCUUCCGUGCGGGCCCCGGAAGCACGGCAGCAUCGCCAAUCUGGUCCAUCGGAAGUGGAAGCAGGACACGAACCCCAGCCGUUUGACGCACGAGGCCAACCGUCUGGCGGCGGAACGCAUCAGACAGAUUCGGCUAGAAGAGCAGCAGGCAUACGACAGGCUAAUGGUCCAUGUCACUGCUAAUGUCACUGCCAAUGGCACUUCCACCGUCACUCCCUAUGUCACUGCCACUGUCACUUCCACUGCCAAUGUCACUGCCGGCGCCAAUCUCGCGGCCAAUCCCGCCAUCGCUGCCCCUGCCGCAUCAGAACUUGCAUUGGAGGAGACGGAGCAGCAAGACCACGCGCAGCCUGGGCAGCUUGAUCAGGCCAGCACCGACAACCUCCCGCCGAGACAAGCUGGUCAAUCCCGCCCCGGGGACUCUGAUGGGGAGGAGAUGUCCGAGGGACAGCCAAGCCGGAAGCGCCAGAGGAGGGGGUGA